AUGUGCUUCUCUCUCUUCACAGACACCCUGAGCAGUUCUGACCCCAAGCAACUCAUCUACCCCCUCAUGGCAGCUUUCAACGUGACUCAUGCUGGUCCUUCAACAUUCAUCCUCGUGGGCCUCCCUGGCCUGGAGGCUGCCCACAUCUGGAUUGCCAUCCCUUUCUCAGUGUUCUACCUUAUUGGUCUGUUGGGGAAUUUCAUGAUUCUGUUGAUUGUAGGCAAAGAGCAGACCCUGCACAAGCCGAUGUACCUGCUGCUCUGUAUGCUGGCGCUCACAGACAUCGCCACGCCUACCUUUGUUGUGCCGAAAGCCCUGUGUAUAUUUUGGUUCAGUUUGAAAGACAUUACUCUGUCUGGAUGCCUCACCCAGAUGUUCUUCCUUCACAUGGUUUCUCUCAUGCACUCAGCCAUACUCGUGACAAUGGCCUUUGAUCGCUACGUUGCCAUAUGUAACCCUCUGAGAUACACCACCAUCCUCAGCAACUCACAAAUCGCUAAGCUAGGGGUGGUAGGUUUAGCAAGAGCUGUUCUCUUCAUUUUGCCCCUGCCCCUGCUCCUGAGCAGGCUGCCGUUCUGUGCCAACCGCCUCAUCCCCCAUAUGCAAUGUGAGCACACAGCUGUGGCAAAGAUGUCGUGUGGGGAUAUUUCAGUAAAUAGGACAUACGGUUUAGUGCUAUUCUUUAUAGUCAAUGGGUUGGACCUAACACUUAUUGCCCUGUCGUACGGUUUCAUCAUCAGGGCCAUCUUCAGAAUCUCCUCCAAGGAAGCCCACCAAAAAACCCUCAAUACUUGCACAGCCCACCUCUGUGUGAUGCUGAUGUAUUACACCCCCAGCCUCUUUUCCAACCUAACACACCGGUUCGGUCAGGGCAUUGCACCUUAUGUUCACAUCAUCUUAGGCAACCUCUAUCUCCUCCUCCCUCCCAUGCUCAACCCGAUCAUUUAUGGGGUCAAAACCAAAGAGCUUCGUGACAAAAUGGGAAAAUACACCUGCAUAAUGUGA